CCGGAUGAUAAUCCCUCCACCAAAUUGGCGGGAAGACGUUAAGCCCUAAACUGCCAAUCACCGAAAAGCCCUUCAAUCCCGGUUUUUUUUUAUGCUCAAACCCACCCGAAUUCCUCCUGUCCUUCCCUUCCUAAUCUCUCUCUCCAUCAAAACCCCAAGCAAACAACAGAAGCACUUUUUCUGUUUCUCCUUCCGAGGUUCAGCAAUGCCCCCUUCUUCCAAAGCCAGAAUCGUGGCUGAGUAUGCGAAAUCGAAUCGUUCAUCGUGCAAGAAGUGCUCCCAAGUGAUUUCUGCUAAAGCCUUGAGGUUGGGUUUCGUCACAAGAGACUCGCGAGGGUUUGAUAUGACAAAAUGGCACCAUUUGGAUUGCUUCUCAGAGACGAUUGAGUCCACGGAGGCAAUUGGAGGUUUUGCUUCACUCCAGACACGUGAUCAGGAGGCCCUGAAGAAAUUGGUGAGUGAACUUAAGAGUUCUGUGACUGACGUUUCAAAUGCAAGUAAAGAUGCAAUUGAAGGAAGCCCAAAAAGUUUUUCAAAGAGGACGAAUGAAAAUGUGCAAGAGGUUGAACUGGAGGAAAGGAAUUUUAAGAAAAAUAAGUUGGCAAUGGCUAAUGAGGAAGGUGAGCUGGAGAUAGCUUUUUCACCAUCUGAUAUCAUGGAAAAGUAUAAGGAUGCUGUGUUAUUACCUAAGUGGAAGGCAUUCCAGACACUCAUAUUUCUUGAACGGGAUGAUGGUCUCCAUGAUUCAAAUAAAAUUGCUGCAUUUGAUUUUGAUGGAUGUCUUGCAAAAACCUCUGUUAAGAGAGUUGGUGCAGAUGCGUGGUCCCUUAUGUAUCCCUCAAUACCAGACAAACUGCAAAGCUUAUAUAAUGAUGGCUACAAGCUGGUUAUCUUCACAAAUGAAUCUAACAUUGAUCGCUGGAAGAACAAAAGACAGAUAGCUGUGGACUCAAAAGUUGGACGCCUCAACAACUUCAUUGAGCAUGUGAAGGUUCCAAUUCAGGUUUUUAUAGCUUGUGGGUAUUCUCAUGGUAACAUGGAAGAUCCAUUUCGCAAGCCUAAACCUGGAAUGUGGUGGAUUAUGGAGAAACAUUUUAACUCUGGCAUUUCAAUCGAUAUGGAUAAUUCCUUUUAUGUUGGGGAUGCAGCAGGGAGAAUUGAUGAUCAUAGUGAUACUGACAUAAAAUUUGCUCAGGCCAUUGGAUUGAAGUUCUUUGUCCCUGAGGAUUACUUCGGUAAAUAAAAAAUCUUGGUAAGCAUCUCCUGGUGGCUGGUGCACGAGUUUCUAGCAGAGGUCCAGAUCAGAAUUUACUCAUCUAUGAUUGUCUGAUGUAUCUAAUUAUCAUACUUCUGAUUUGUUACUCGAAGUGAAUCUGGAUCUGAUAUGCUUUGGAUUAAUUCAUAUCAAGUUCACGUC